GGUGGUUCCUGCUUUCUCUGCAAUUUUUGCUUUCGCAAUGGCCUCAAGAAGGCUAACCAGGUCUGCCUUGGCAGCCAUUAGAGCAUCUUGGAUAUCUCACCAUCACGCUCGCGCAACUCCGAGCAAUUCCGUCUUCAAUUCUCUAUUCCGGCCUCCAAUUCUCGACCGAAUUGCAGAGAACAAUGCCAUACCUCACUCAAAUGCUCUAUCUCGCGGCUUACAGUCUUCCGCUCCUUGUUUUUCUACCGCAAGUAGUGCUUCCCAGGUUGAUAAUGCGCAUGUUGGACUUAUAUACGUAUCAUGUACCAGAUUUAGUGAAUGGAUAUCAAAUUUAGUUAUUCUCCCAGUUUGCGAUGCAAGGGGACGUAUGGAAACCAUCACUCGGAGUACAGUGAGAUGGCAUGGGAGGGCAUGCAUAAAUGCUGCGGUUGAGGCAGCAUUGAUGAACAGACAACAAAUUGUGGAAUCUGAACAUUUGAUGAAAGCCCUUUUGGAGCGAAAGGAUGGGCUGAAACCAAAGAAAAUUGAUCUUCACUUCACAAAGGAGGGUGUUGAACUUCUGGGGAGUUUGGAUUUUGAUCCCAACUUUGGAGCAAGGCCAAUGAAGAGGGUAAUCCAGCAAAAGGUUCAGAAUGAAAUUGCCAUGGGAGUCUUGAGAGCAGAUUUUAAGGAGGAAGAUUCACUUAUUGUUGAUGCUGAGACAUCCCCUUCAGCUAAAAGUACCUUCCUCCCCACAACAGAUUGUACACCAAGAAAUUAGAGAGCAUUUCUCCAUCAGAUGCAAUGGUAGCAAGUAACUGAUGUUACAUUUUCCAGUUGUCACUCGUAAGUUGAAAACAGCAGUUUUUUAUUGUGAUUGAUCCAGCUUCAAUUUUUGGUGGAGAUAAAAGAUCCUUUCACAAGUUGGAUGAAACAAGUACUAAAUCUUAAAAUUUCAG